AUGUCUGCGCGCUCGACUCUUGACGUGUCACCGCCCAUCGUGCGGGGUAUGGAGAAGUUGGAUCGUUCUGUCUUUCGGCGUACCGUCCCCUUGCUGGCGGUACAAGUACCCCCGGCGAAAACGGCGGAGAUCCUGCGAUCACCUGUGUUGAAAAAGGCGGUACUCACUCUACCAAAAGUCAAGACCGUAGUACCUGAUCCUGCCAACCCGAACGGACCACGGUUGUUGCUUCUGCGCACGCAGAUAGAAGCCGAGCUCUCGCGCGAAAUCAAGGAAUUCCUGUCCAGUCAUGACGCACAUCUGGUUGACUACACUCUCGACCUCAACUAUGAUUACUGGACAGCAGAUGAGAUCAUCCACUCUAUAUUACCGGAAGAGUUGGUCGAUGGCGCGCCGUCCGGUUUCGCAGCCGUGGGGCAUCUAGCUCACGUGAAUCUAAACGACGAAUAUUUGCCAUACAAAAACAUACUUGGGGAGAUAUUUCUAGACAAAAACAAGUCCAUCCGUACAGUCGUCAACAAGUUGAACUCGAUAGAUACAAAAUUCCGGUUCUUCAAGAUGGAGCUCAUUGCAGGCGAGCCUGAUUAUAUAGUCCACCACAGCGAACUAGACUGCCGAUUCACCUUCGACUUCACGCAAGUCUACUGGAACUCGCGUCUUAGCGCGGAACAUGAACGAUUAGUGAACCUAUUCCAGCGAGAAGACGUAGUAGCCGACGUAUUUGCUGGAGUCGGCCCCUUCGCGCUACCUGCAGGCAAGAAAGGAUGCGGUGUGCUGGCCAAUGAUCUCAAUCCGAACAGCUAUAAAUACCUGCAGGUGAACAUCAAGGAUAACAAACUUGUUGAGCUUGUAAGGCCGUUCUGUGAGGACGGGCGCGAUUUCAUCCGUAGGGUCGUGUGGGAUGCCGCUGCCAAUCCGUUUCCUGCCUACGCACCCAGAUUGAGCCGAAGUGAAGAACGCGCCCUGAAGAAGCAGAAGCCUGAGGCUACUACUGAUGCCACGCCCGAGACCGCAAGAGGCAGUGGGAGAGUACACCCUGCCGAGCGUAGAAGAAUCGCUCAUUUCGUCAUGAAUCUCCCGGACUCUGCGAUAACCUUUCUGGAUGCCUUUCGAGGGCUGCUGGUCUCGUCAGAGGACCCUCCUCGCAAUUUGACGGAUGUGUACGAUGCGAUGCCGAUGGUGCAUUGCCAUUGCUUCACACGGGAGAUGGAGCGUGAGGGCGCAGAGUGCGACAUACGGCAGAGGGUUCACGAACAGCUCGGGCGACCCCUGCGCGAUGAAGAUGAGGUUUCCUUGCACCUUGUCCGCUCUGUUGCGCCGAAUAAGGACAUGUACUGCAUCAGCUUUCGACUGCCAAGAGAUGUCGCUUUAGAGUCUUCCCGUCGUACUUAG